AUGUUCACCGAAAAGGGUGCUAAGAUCUGGACUUGUAACUUUCACACCAAGGAAGAUACUGGUAAGAGAACAGCAUGGAGUGGAGGGAAGGCCAUUGAUGAUUGUAUCAGCGUAUCCAAGGAAGGAAGAAAGAACGGAGAUUUCAUCAUGCACCGCGAAAAUGGAACAUUAGUCGACCUCAACCUUCCUCUUGAUUGA